UUGGAGUGGACCCAUUACGUUUCUUCUUUAUGUAGUAUUUGAGGCUAAUUUUUUUUUUUCCAAUAAACCAAUUAUUUUAGGUCUCGGUUGGUGAGAGGAGGUUGAUAGGGGGAUGCGACAGCCAGCAGUGGCUCGAAGAAAACGAAUUGACAGAGGAGGAGAGAUAGAGGCAUUCAGAAAGGGAGGGGGUUCAGAUUUCAGAGAUUCAAGCAUUGUAUUUGCAAUGAGAUUGCAACAAAGAUUCGGUACAAAGUUCGGUUUCUAGUUUUGGAAAAAUGCCGUCUGAAGCUAUUGAAUGGGUUUUGGGAAAAUGAUAGAUGCGACAUGCCAAAAACUUGUUUAAUCACCCGUCUCAUUUCUCUUCGCUGGUGGAAGCACAUUUGGGUGGCUGUGCAUCCCCACACCAUAGAAAAUCUGUCUUUUAUCAGUCAGCUGGUAUCAAUGGAAGAAGGAAAAGAAACUAAGGGGAAGUUGACAACAGAGCCGAAGAUAGAGAGGACAAGUGAAGAAGAGAGGGAUAGGCUGAGUGAGUUACCUGAUUUUGUUCUGCUCCAUAUAAUGAAUUUUAUUUACACAAAAGAUGCACUUAGAACUUGUAUCUUGUCCAAACGAUGGAAGGACCUCUGGAAACAUCUUACCACUCUCUCUUUCUAUCAAUCUAGCUUGUUUAAUGAAAGAAGGGUUGUCAAUUUUAACAAGUUUGUAUCUCAGGUUCUGUCUUGUCGGGAUGGUUCCAUUUCACUUAUUAACGUUCGUUUAGACAUCUUUGAAUCAAUAGGGUCUCAACUGCUGAAUAGGAUCAUGAAAUAUGCUGUGUUGCACAAUGUCCAACAGUUGACUAUGUAUAUUCCUUUCUAUUAUGGAAAAAUAUCCACUUAUCUUGACCCUAUCAUUUUUUCCUGUCAGUCUUUGACAUAUCUUGAGCUUCACAAUAUAUCUUGUUGGCCUCCUUUGGAACUUCCAAAAUCCCUGCAGUUGCCAGCAUUGAAAACCUUACGUCUCUCCCGUGUCCUUUUUACUGCAACUGACAAUGUCUGUGCUGAGCCCUUUACAACCUGCAACUUGUUGAAUACUUUGGUCCUUAAUGAUUGCUUUUUGCACAAUGAUGCAAAAAUACUCUUCAUAUCUAAUUCUAACCUUUCCAGUUUGAAGCUGAACAACCUGAAGAUACGGGACACCUUUCAACACAAAGUUGUGCUUUCUACUCCAAAUCUUAGUUCUCUCACAGUCUGUAUUUUUGGGGCUUCAAGUUUGAGUAUUCAACCACUCUCCUCUACAUGUAAUCUUUCAUGUCUUGAAGAAGGAACUAUUGACAUCGCUACUGAUAUAUCUCAUCCAGUUCUCAUAGGCUGGCUGCAAGUUUUCACUAAUGUAAAGAUAUUGACACUUUCAUAUGAGACGCUUAAGCUAAUAUUAAAAGAUCUAUCAAAUCUUGCUACAAUGGGAAGUCAACCUCUGUGCUUUGUUAGAUUGGAAUCAUUGAAAUUUGUAACAAAUCGAUUCAGAGUGAUAUCUGAUGAAGAAGUAAACAAGGCAGUGGAGUACCUACUUCAAAACUCUCCACUAAUCAGAGUUUUGUUGUCGAAAAAGUUGUAUCAUGGUUCUUUACUUAACUAUUUAGGACCCGUCCUUGCUGGUCUUGCCAAUCACAAUAGAAGCCAAAUUGGACCAAGCUUGGAGUGGGAUCACAAUCAUCAACACCAUAAGGGAGGCCUAUGACCUUCAUGUAAUGGGUAUCCUUUGCGACGCAUAUUAGGUUAAGAGCUUUUGUGAUAAGCAACACUCCACCAAGAGGGGAAAAUGGUGAAUGGAGCAUUUGUUGGUGUAACAUAAGUAUAGGCGGAACACGAAGAAAGCAAGGUAGGUUAUGGAGAAGAGGAAGUAAAAAAAAGGAAGUUGGGUGACCGUUAGAUAAGGAAUCCUGGGAACCAUCACUGUCAAGAUUGUAGGCUAAGGUUUUUUUAUGCAUAGUUUGCAAACAAGAAACUGUAUUCAUCAAUUACAAAGCAGAAGAGAAAUAGUUAUUUA